UUUGCUCUGGCUACUUCCCGUGACCGUCACUCCCCACAGCAAGCCACCCCACUCCUACCUGUGUUGGGUGCUGGGAAGUCUUGCCCCUGACUUGCGGUACUCCUGUUCCUGUGCUGAAGAGGAGUGGAGAAAGUGAACAUUGCUGUCUUCUUCCAGUCUGUAGUGAAAAGCUUUUAACUUUUCUUCUUAGUAUGAAGUUAGCUGUGGGUUGGUCAUAUGAAGCCUAUGUCGUGUUAAGUGCCCCGCCUGCCCACCUGCCUGCCCUUCUGUGCCUCAGCACCUGCCGGGAGUACCGGGGAGAAAGGAGACGAUGGAGCCAGACAGGACUCAGAUAAAGCUUGACCCCAGGUACACAGCAGAUCUCCUGGAGGUGCUGAAAACCAACUACAGCGUCCCCUCUGCCUGCUUCUCUCACCCCCCCUCCGCUGCCCAGCUCCUCCGAGCACUGGGCCCUGUGGAGAUCACGCUCACGAGCAUCAUGACUCUGCUUGCCCUGGGCUCGGUUGCCAUCUACCUGGAGACCGCCGUCUACCUGCACAAGAACACCUCUUGCCCCAUCAAGAGGAGAACUCUGCUCUGGAGUAGCUCCGCACCCACGGUUGUGUCUGUGUUCUGCUGCUUUGGGCUCUGGAUCCCUCGCUCCCUGAUGCUCGUGGAAAUGGCCAUCACCUCGUUUUAUGCCGUUUGCUUUUACCUGAUGAUGCUGGUCAUGGUGGAGGGCUUUGGUGGGAAGGAGGCAGUACUGAGGACCCUAGAGAAUACCCAGAUGAUAGUCCACACAGGCCCCUGCUGCUGCUGCUGCCCCUGCUGCCCCAGACUCCUGCUCACCAGGAAGAAGCUUCAGCUGCUGAUGCUGGGCCCGUUCCAGUAUGUCUUCUUCAAGAUAACGCUGGUCCUGGUGGGCCUGUUUCUCAUCCCUGACGGCAUCUAUGACCCAGCAGACAUUUCUGAGGCGAGCACAGCUCUAUGGAUCAACACUUUCCUCGGUGUGUCCACCCUCCUGGCCCUCUGGACCUUGGGCAUUCUUUUCCGCCAAGCCAAGCUACACCUGCGUGAGCAGAACAUACAAGCCAAAUUUGCUCUUUUCCAGGUGCUGCUCAUCCUGACUGCCUUACAGCCCUCCAUCUUCUCCGUCUUGGCUAAUGGUGGACAGAUUGCUUGCUCACCUCCCUAUUCUUCUAAAAUCAGGUCUCAAGUGAUGAACUGCCACCUCCUCAUACUGGAGACUUUUCUGAUGACUGUGCUGACACGGAUAUACUACCGAAGGGAAGACCACAAGGUUGGAUAUGAAGCUUUCUCCUCUCCAGAACUGGACUCGAAUCUCAAAGCUUGAGGUGGACAGCCUGGACAAUGGAAGAGACACUGUACUUAUUAUGAGAGGACAUUUCUUCACUGUCUCUCAAUCUUGACCAAACAGGCAAGGAUUCCCACUGACAACGCGAGCUGACAGAUUACAUUUGACCAGAGAUGAAGGUGAACUGUGUAAUAGCAUGGAAUUGUUUUGGUUCUUACCCAGGAAAGGUAUUUUAAGUUUGCAAUAAAUAAUAGGAUGAAGUCUGAAACUCUGGGCAUUAUGGGUGCCACUGUUAACCUUUAAAGCUUGUGUACUAAAAGGUCACUCUGAACUUGCCCAAAGCAGAUGGAGGUGGGUAGAGGGUAUGAUGUGUCCCUAUAGGCACAAGGACAGGAGAACCUGGCUAUGUAAAAUAGCACCUGCCCAAAGUCCCGAAGAAGUCAGGCUUCUGGAAAACAGAUAGAAGGUGUUCUUUUCCUUAGGGCACUGAUGACACUAGGCCUGGGAGGUCUGGAUCUGCCUCCCUUUCUGGAACAAUGGCUUUUUGAGUGUUCUGUGCCACAUUUCAAAAGGAAUCCCCUAAUGACAUGGUCAUUAAGUUUGAUUUUGAGGAGAGAAAAGAGGAUGCAAAAGCAAAGAAACUGAAAGUACAGUUAAAAGCCCCCAAUACAUGAAACAUAUCAUACAUGUGUUUACCACGUCAAAAAUACAGAAAAUGGAACAUCAGGUAAAACUGCAGUGCCUUUAUUUGGCUAAAUGACAAAAGCCAAAAUAACUCUGAACAAAUCAAUAACAGACAGAACAGCAUGGUGAGCCCCAGUUGAGGACAGCCUCCCUGUAGACUUGCAUUGGUGAUGGGCAAACAUCCAUGAUGGCCAGCGCUUAUGACUCUUCUUUCUCUUCACGACCCUCAAUACAGAACAACCCAACCAGUCAAGUCUGUGUUCAAAACAGGCAGCACCUCCCAAAGAACAGAAGGAAGGGCCACUUCAAACCUAAAGGAGCACAACUGAGUCACCUGAAGCACCACCUAAACCUGGUGCUUUUCCUUUCUGCCCCAAUCCCAGUCCUAACAUAAACCUUCGGUAGACAGAAAAGAUUUCUUCUUUCUUUUGAAAGAACAUCAGUAACAUUUAAUAGUAUAAUCCCAAGAAUGUGUCCUACUUAUUUCUUUGGAAAAAUAGAAGCUAGGGACCACUCUUUAAUCCCACGACAAACUAUUCUAUGAGAGGAACCAAAAAUAAUCAUUGUUAUGACUUCGAAAAAUAUAACCUUAAAAAAUACUUGCAUUGGUAAGCUUUAAAAAAUAGCAUUAAAAACAUUGUUAGGGGAACUCUUUCUUCCUACCUGGGGACAGUGUAUGCUGACAGAAAAUCCAGAAGCUAUGGCUUUUAGGGAAUUAAAAAAAGCACAAAAUAUAAUUGACUUGGAAAGCUUUUAGAGGGAGGAUCUGAAACAGGAUUAAAAAGGCAAUGAGCUCCAGAAGAUAAACCACCCACAAGUCAAGACACUCCAGAGUACUGCGAAGAACCACUGUCUAGGGACAGCCUAACAAGCUACGUGGCCACACAUCUCAUAGUGUGACUCAGAUGCUGCCUAGGAAGUUACUAGCAAUCAAAAGGGGCCAAAGUGUUCUCGGCCCCCCUCGUCUUUGUUUCCUUCUUCAGGAUGUUCGGCCUCCUCACACCCCAACCUUCUUAUCCAAGUCUCCACAAAAUCCUGGUCCUUGGCUCUAGGUAUCAGAAGCAGCUGCAGCAGCACGAGGACCCCCUGAAAUUCAGCCUCUGUUUUUCAGUGCCUGAGUCUGAUGUAUGAACAGAGCAAACUUUCUGCCCCAUCCACCUGCAGGUGACGGCUACGGCACCUCCUCAGCACCACGGGCGCUGCCUCACCCUCCCUUUUUCUUUCAGACAGCUCCGUCUCAGCGACCAGCUAAGGCUCACUUUAAGGCCGACUCUAAUCCCUGUCACAUUUGGCCCAUCGAGGCUGACUGCUUCCUUGUGUGGGAGUUCAGAGCACAGCUGCACGGCCUCACGCGUCAGUAUCUGAGGAUGUACAGAUCACAGGCAUAGUUGUGGCGUUUGAAUUUCUGACCUUAUUUAAUUAGGCA